UCCGCCUGUCUGGUAAAUUUACUUGAAAAUCGCAGUUUUGUUGCAUAGUUUUCUGGAAAUCGGACAUCCCAGAUCAUGAAAAUUGUUUGUUGGAUUUAAAGCUUAUGCUAUGAAUCCGCGCCGUUCUUUUUCACCGAACGCCACUUUUUGACUCACCGCGCAUUCUCCAACAUAAUCUGAAACAUGGCCGGCCGAAGCGGUUAUGACGAUCGAGACAACAGGGAUUACGGCGGCGGAGCCCGCAGGGGCGGUAGAAAACCGCUGCCCACUGAGCCCCCUUUUACAGCUUACGUCGGGAAUUUGCCCAGCGGCGUCGUCCAAGGCGAUGUCAAUUCAAUGUUCAAUUCUUUGAAUAUUAAGAAUAUCAGGCUCGUCAUGGAUAAGGAGACUGACAAGUUUAAGGGGUUCUGCUACGUGGAAUUCGAUUCGCUCGUUGAUUUGGAACAAGCUUUGGCUUUAAAUGGCGAAAUUGAAGUUGAAGGAUAUGUGGUUAAGAUAGAUGUUGCUGAAGGUAAAAGAAAUGAUAGAGGUGGCGGUUUUGACCGUGGCCGUGGAGGUGGUCGAGGCCGUUCUGGCGGAUUCCGUGGAGGUGACCGACCCCAACACUUUAAUGAUGGGGAGUUUGACAGAAGAGGGGUCAAUUCCGGAACCGGACCAGGGAGGUCUGGUGGGUUUCAGGAUGGUGGUGGAAUGAGGGGAGGUCACCGAGGUAAUUACGGCUACUUUUCUGGUGAGGAAGGUAACAAUUGGAAUAAAGGUGCGGGUCCUGGGCCUGCCAGAGGUGGGAGCUUUGGCGGGGGUGGGGCUGGUGGUGGUCCCAGGCAGAGGCAAGAUAGGAAAGGAUUCGAUGAUACACCUAACCCUGCUCCUGACACGUCGGGAAGGCCAAGACUAAAGCUUCUGCCUCGUACCGUCAAAGAUCCCGUCAACGCGUUAGCGGAAUCGACUCGGAACGUGGCGAUCUUCGGAGGCGCCAAGCCACGCGAAGAAAACCUGGCGGACCUGAGGGAAUGAGAGAGAGAAACAUUUAAAAAUAAUUAACUAUAGUUUUUGGGUAUGUAAUUAAGUGACGUAAAUUUUUGUUUUACGUUUUCUUUGGCUAAUAACGAAACGGAGGCGGAUCGGGUAUCCCCCCCGCACCUUACAUCGUUUCUUUAUUUUUUUUCCGUUUGGGUUCGUAAUAAUAACAUUCUGCCCUUUCUUUUUGCGUACGUUUAUUUCACAACAGUCGUUAUUUUAAGUAAUUUAUUUUUUAAUUCGUGCAUGUAAGGCGAGAAGAUGGCGGCGAGAUGAUAUAUUUUAAAUAUUGAUUCAUAUUAUACUCUUGUCUAAAGUUAUUGUUGAUCGAAGUGUUUUUCCCGAAAUACUUUGUUUCAAAAGUAGUACGUUUUAUUUAUUAUUAUUUUUAUUUUAAAGAAAUCCCAAUUUUGUAGAAUGUUAUUUUGGCCAACGCACGGAACCAGCCUAAGCAAUAAUGAAAUUGUUGAGACUGGUUUCGUGUCAUUUCCCUUUUGUGCAAAAAAAAAUGUGGAAGUACGUUUUUUGUAUAAUAUUUAUAAAUAAUG